ACUCACUUACAGAAAAUUCACUGCGUGCCCUCCUCACUUGUUCUACAAUGAGUGCCAAAUCUGCCAUCAGCAAGGAAAUUUUUGCACCUCUUGAUGAAAGGAUGCUGGGAGCUGUCCAAGUCAAGAGGAGGACAAAGAAAAAGAUUCCUUUCUUGGCAACUGGGGGUCAAGGCGAAUACUUAACUUACAUCUGCCUGUCAGUGACAAACAAGAAACCCACACAGGCGUCCAUCACGAAGGUCAAACAAUUUGAAGGCUCCACGUCUUUUGUUCGGAGAUCACAGUGGAUGCUCGAGCAGCUUCGCCAGGUUAAUGGUAUUGAUCCUAAUCGGGAUUCUGCAGAGUUUGAUUUGUUGUUUGAAAAUGCUUUUGACCAGUGGGUAGCCAGCACAGCCUCAGAAAAAUGCACCUUCUUCCAGAUCCUCCACCACACCUGCCAGAGGUACCUCACCGACAGGAAGCCGGAGUUCAUUAACUGCCAAUCCAAAAUUAUGGGAGGAAACAGCAUCCUCCAUUCAGCUGCCGAUAGCGUGACCAGCGCGGUGCAGAAGGCAAGCCAGGCCUUGAACGAGCGCGGGGAGCGGUUAGGCCGGGCAGAGGAGAAGACAGAAGACCUGAAGAACAGCGCCCAGCAGUUUGCAGAAACUGCGCACAAGCUUGCCAUGAAGCACAAAUGUUGAGAAACUGCCUAUCCUGAUGACCCUCUUAAGAGAAAUGGAAGAGUUUGUUCAGAAGUUUUUACAAGAAUUCCGGACCUCCGCUUGCUUCUUUUUUUCCAAUAUUUGGACAUUUAGAGUUUUUUGUUUUUCCUUUUCAAAUGUUACUAUGAAAGAAAAGGUGUUGUGUUUAUACAUUUCCCUGAUGAUCUUGCUAAGAAAUGCUACAAUAGCAUCAGCUUCA